AUGGUACGACCUUCCUACGCGCUUCCAAAGUUAUUGCCUCCCAAGGACGUCAAGGAUGACAAUGCAGAGGUUCGCGAAGUGACAUUUAUAAACGAUGCGACGAGUACUGAUGCAGGCCCUCAGGUCUGGCACAUCCCACAGACCGGUGAGGUCUUUGCCCACUAUGAGGACUACCUCAACAGAAUGGAUUUCUACAAACAGCGGCGGUUCAUCUGCCAGAUCACAGGGCACUCAGGCCUGACGUUUUUCGAAGCCCUCAAGAGCGAGCUUGCUGGCGCUGAAGAGGUCGAGCAAGCAUUCCCCGAAGCCCUCAAGGGCCCGGUUCUGCGUCGCGUCCAGUUCCAAACGGUCUCUCGAAUCGAUGCGCUCGUCGAUAUGGUGUUUGAGGAGUUCAGGGCUGAUUACUACCCCGGCGAGGCUGUAACGGUCAGCACGGCAGACGGUGAACGGCUGCAGGGAGUUGUUCGAGAAAAGACUCGGUUCGGCGGCAAAGUGCUGCCUGACGGCACGCAGACCGCUCCCUACACGCGAUACACGGUCAGCCUCGAGGAUCGGCCUGGCGUUGAGGCCGUGGUCGACGACGACCACAUCUUCCGCGAUCGCAAGAUCUUCACAAAGUCGGUUCUGCGGUCGUUCAUCAAGAAAACGGUGACGCGCGAAGCCUGGAACGGCGCGCCGUGGCUCGUGAAGCACGACGUCGCGUCACAAUAUCACAUCGACUCACGGAUCCCGCCUCACCUGCGAUACGAUACCAAGUUAAUGGAGCGAAAGCAGCUGCAAGCGCAAAAGCGAGCCAGCCACACCCCAACGCAAGACGCCCAAGGGACGAACGGCGUCAACGGUGCUAUGCAGAACGGCCCCGCGCGAUUGCCCGAGUUGAAGCCCGCGCCGAAGAAUCAGAAGGGCAAGCAUCAGUCGCCAGAGUUCCCGCAGGGUCAGAACGGAUCGCCAGGCAUGCUUGGAGGUCCUGAGGCCGGCAUCUUCCAUGCGCCGCCGCACAAGAAUCCCUUCCAGCUGCCGCUCAACUUCCGGAACCAACCCCUUCCGCAUUCGAUGACUGCGCCCGAGCCUCCACCACCCCCACCUCCUCCCAAGUACCCCAUCGAGGACCUCCAGGUGCCGUUAAGGGAGGGCGUCGUCAGACCGCCGUUAGCAUUCCUUUGCAAGGACUCUCCAACCAGCUCUGACGUCGCUGUGAAUGGUAGUGCUGGCUUACGCGACAAGCUGUCGAUGAAGUCGGUCGGCUCGUUUUUGGAGACCUGGGAUACGCUGAACGUGUACUGUGAAAUUUUCAAGCUCGAUUCCUUCACGUUUGACGACUUUGUCGAGGCCAUGUGUGUUGCAUCUGAGGACACGACCGUCCAGAUGUUCGAGGAGAUUCACUGUGCGGUUCUGAAGCAGAUCGUCAGCGCCGAAGCGGACGGCGGCAAAGUGAAUGUCCAGCUGCCCGAGCUGGACGACGAGGAGGAGGAUUCCGAGGAGGAGGACGAGGAAGAGGAGACUAAGGAGCCGACCCCUGAGAACGAUCGCCCUCCUGCGAGGGCCACUCGAAGCAGCCUCGCUAAAGCCGAGGCCGAGAGGUUACUUGCGGAGGCGAGGGCCGCCGAGAAGGAGAGCCAAAAUGUGGAGCCCGAAAUCAAGCACCGCGCCGAGGACUUGCUCGAAGACUACGACUGGAUCGAGGAGCUCCGAAAGCGCAACUUUCAGAAUGGCGGUUGGGAACGCAUCAUGGUCGGCCUGCUGCACCAGCUGUCAAAGAACGAGCGACUCGAGGAGCGGUGCGAAGACCUGCUCGCGCAGCUGUGCCCUCCGGAUGUGGAUCCCACACAGGAUACCGUGCGGGAACACUACGCCAACCUCGAUGUCAACUACCGGGUGCAGGCGCUGCAGAUCGCCUGUAUGCUCACGACGCAAACCAAGGCCAUGCGCACCUACAUGGAGGAGUGCAGCGAGCAGAUGACGGCGUUCCGCAAGGAGAAGAUCGACUGGCAACGCCAGAGGAAGCAGGCGAUCGAGGAACUGCGUGCCCUCAACGACCAACGCAAGAUUUUGCUUCCUGAAAACAUGCCACCAUCGCCACCUCCCGAGCAGAAGGUGGAUGAAGACAUCAAGAUGACCGACGCAGACGAGUCGGCAGCGGACGCUGAAGACGAGGUGCUUGACUCGGACGAAGAGGGCGCUCCGCGCAGGAAUUUCCGACGCGCCAACGACCGCGCCGCAGAGAGGCAGCGGAAGCGCAAGGAGGAGAAGGAGCGGAAAGAGAAGGCCGCCGAAGCCGCCAAGGUGCCCAAGCAGUCGAAGCAGUUUCUGAAGGUCCUAAAGGAUAUCCAGAAGAAGGAGGACCUCAUCAAGAAGUGCGAGGAGGAGAUUGCGGUUAUUGACAACGACUUGCGCGAGGCCGACUGUGGGCGCACGCGCGUGCUGGGCAAGGAUCGCUUCUGGAACCGGUACUAUUGGUUCGAGCGCAAUGGCAUGCCAUACGGGGGUCUUCCCGACAGCUCGACCGCCGAGGCCGAGUACGCCAACGGGUGCAUAUGGGUACAGGGCCCCGAUGAGCUGGAGCGUGAGGGCUACAUCGAUACCGACCCCGAGUACCAGGCCGAGUACAAGAGCAAGUUCGACAUGACGGUGCCCGAGCGGAAGAAGCUGGAAGAGGGUGCCACCAGCGUUUUCAACGCUCACCAGUGGGGCUACUACAGCGAGCCAGAGCAGGUUGACGAGCUGCUCAAGUGGCUGGAUCCCCGCGGCUUCAACGAACUGCGGUUGAGGAAGGAGAUUGUCGCCUUCAGGGACAAGAUUGUACAGCAUAUGGAGAACCGGAAAAAGUACCUUGCCGCCGCGGAGCCGGAGGAGCCGGAAGAGAAGGAAGAGAAGAAGGACAAGAGGCGGGACUCGAAGCGGAUGAGCACGAGAGGCCGCCACCACGAGCCAACGCCCGAGCCCACAAACUACCGCUGCCUCGCGUGGGAAAACACCACUGCGAUGGAGGAGCUCGGCCACCUCCACUCGGAGCCGCCGCCGCCGCCGCGUCCCAAGAAGCAGACGGCCAAGAAGAGGCAGGCCGUCGAGCCGUCGCCCGAGCCCGCGCCCGCGCCAAAGACGAGGCGUCGCAAGUAA